UGAACCUGGACUGGAACGUACCCCAAUGACAGUUAGCUAACCUCAAAAAAAUCAUUUAUUUUUAUUUAUUAAUUAUAACAACUAAUUAAGUGUGUAAUUACUCACACGCCCCCAUGUCGGACCAAAUCGAGAUGUCUUUCCGGGGCCCCCGAGUUCUCUCCGCCCACCGACGACUCAAUGUCGGCGGUUACACUAGCCCCCAGAGCAAUUUUGAGGGGCACGCGAAUAAAAUCGUCGCUAAAUUGGAGGAAGACGGGGCUUUGAUGGAGGAUACCCCCGUUUCGGAGCAGUUGAGGAAGGAGGCUUUGAGGGACUUGCCCCAAUGUUUGACCAUGAAAAGAUGCGUCAAAAUGAAACUAACCAAAUCCGUGAGUCUGAAAUCGAAGAAAAAACCAAUCGGGUCGUGGAAACGGUUGAAAUACAAAUCGAGUAUUAGAUUUAAAAAAUUUGUUGCCAACGUGAAAAAUUUCAAUUAUUUCGAAUUGUGGCAGAGUAGUUUGAAAGACAUAGAAGGCCGGUUUGGGUCCGGUUAUGCCUCAUAUUUCAAGUUUUUACGUUGGCUAUUCGUAAUGAAUUGUCUUGUAGUUUUAUUGUCGUUUCCUAUGUUGGUAGUACCUCAAAUCAUCUAUGACGCAACUGGAAAUAACACAAAUGUUGGGCAGUUCCAAGUUUCGGAUUUUUUUAUCGGGAAUGGUUUUUUUGACGACACUGUACUUUAUUACGGACACUACACCAACCAUACAAUCCAAUUAGUUCCGUUUUUAUUUUUUGACAUGCCUAUUGCCUAUUUCACAGUAAAUGUUGUGCUUUAUUUGAUUUCUUUCCUUAUUUUAGCCGUAAGUGUUGCCCAAUCGUAUCGUCGCACAUUUAUUGAGACUAAAGGUGGUCUUCAAAAUGUUUUCGCAAACCGGAUUUUCUGCGGCUGGGAUUUUGGUAUAGCAACCAAAGAAGCCGCUCAUUUGAAAUCAUUAGGGAUUUUUAACGAAUUAAAAGAAUUAUUAAAUGAGGAACGUCGAGAUGAUGAGGAUAAAACUUGUAUUUACAAAUUCUGGACUUAUAGUACACAAAUAGUGGCAAAUAUUUUAAUUUUGGUGAUUAUUGCGGGUGUAGGUUGGCUAACCUGGGUGCUACUCGAGAAUUACGGACACGAAGACGGUGCCAAUGUUUUAGUGACAACAAUUGUAGUCAAUGUAAUUCUCAUGGUCUUGCCUUCAAUUUUCCACUAUGUUGCAACAUAUGAGGAUUAUGAAAAUCCCCGAACGGCACUUUAUAUUACUCUAAUCCGGACCUAUUUACUUGGUUCUGUCAUUAUCGGCUCUAUUUUAUCAUUCUGGUUGAUUAAAUCCGGCAACACUGACUGCUGGGAAAACCAUUUAGGGGCCGAAAUCUACCGUUUUGUCAUUUACGAUUUUAUUUUUUCAGUUGUUUUAACCACAAUUAUCGAUUCUGUAUACUUUGCAAGCCUUUAUCUCUUGGGUCGUGACCCUAAAACCGAAUUCAAUGUUGCCAAACAUACGCUUCAGAUUAUUUUCAACCAAGCUUUAUUCUGGGUAGGGUUCUUUUAUUCGCCCAUUUUGCCUGUCAUAGUGUCUCUAAAAAUGUUCAUAAUUUGGUAUGUGAGACAAGGGUGCGUUCACAAAUUCUGUAAACCGCCGACUAAGAUAUGGCGGGCUGCGCAGACGCAGACGUGGUUUAUGAUGAUGGUGUUUAUUGGUGUUUUGUUGGUAAUAGCCGCGCAUGGGUACACCCUAAAAAGUGUUUCCCCGUCGGGUUGUGGGCCGUUUAGUGGCUACAACUACACUUACGAAAUUGUGACUAACAAUAUUGAGUAUUUGGAAGAGGAGGCUGUGGUUUGGAAGGUUUUGUUUAAUGUUACUAAACCGGGCGGGGUCGCUCUGUUGAUGGUUGCUUUAGGGAUUUGGGUUUAUUAUGUCAAAGAGCAAGCUUUGGCCCAAAAAGAGAAGGUUAAAACAAUGAGGGAAAUGCUCAUCUGGAUGGCCAAAGAUAAGAAGUUUUUGGUACAGUGGUACAACGAAGUCACUAAAGGAGAAAUUAAUACGAGUUUGCGUGAUAAUAGAGUUAUGGAUCCUCGCCAACUGUUACCUCAUGAGUGUGACAAUGAUAAUAUUAGUUUAAUCGGUGAUGCUGAACUUAACAGUAGGUACAAAUCAUUUUCUUAAAGUUACAAUGUGAUAUUUUGAAUAAAAACUUGUAUUUGUU